UUAUUCCAGAAAACCCUAAAAAACCCAUCAUCUCUCUCUUGUGUGUGUGUCUCUCGAUCUGAAAGUUGGGUCUUUUUUGAUGCCCACAAAUGAAGACGCCAAAGAGGGACCACAGAUUCUUCAAAUUCAGAAGUUAGGCUGUUUCUUGUCAAAACCCCACUUCUCAUAAUUUCACUUCUUGAAUCUUUUUACCAAAACCACUCGUGACCACAAUUCGAUUCAUUCCGAUAAGGUCAACUUCUUCUAGAGAACAACAGCGCAUUACCCACCCAUCAAGCAGUAUUCUAGAAAAAAAGUUCUUGAUUGAUUGAGACUCUGGAUAAUUCCCCUGUCCAAGAAUAUCGACUCUGAUAAUUCUUUCUGUCAAUCCAAACUCUUUUUAUUUGCAGACUAAUGAACUCUCAAACCCACGAGUUAUCAUCACAAAGAGUUGUCAACAUGGCUUGGAUUAUUCUCAGAAUUGACUACUCCAGGCUUUUCUGGCGUGUUUUUUCUUAUGAGAAUCAUGAAUGGAAACCUCGGAUCUUCAUCUAGCCUCUUCUCUGUUCUGUUCUUCUCUCUCUCUCUUUUCUCCCCCACCCCCUCUCUCGCACACACACUGCAAACUGUAAAAUAGAAUUGUUUAGAAAGUAAAAGGUUCAAUCAUCAUGUAUAGAACAAGUUUGGAAGAAGCUAAGUUGAUGGGCUAUGUUGAAAUGGAUCCUUCUGGUCGAUAUGGACGUUUCAAAGAAGUUCUUGGGAAAGGAGCAAUGAAGACAGUUUACAAAGCAUUUGAUGAGUUUUUAGGAAUGGAAGUAGCUUGGUACCAAGUGAAGCUUAAUCAUGUUUUUCAAUCCCCUGAAGAACUUCAACGUCUUUAUUCUGAAGUUCAUCUUUUAAAGAAUCUGAAACAUCAAUCACUUAUUAAGUUCUACACUUCUUGGAUUCAUCCUGACCAAAGAACUUUUAACUUCAUCACUGAAAUGUUCACUUCAGGCACCCUCAGACAGUAUCGACAGAAGUAUAAACGGGUUGAUAUGCGGGCGAUCAAAAACUGGGCUCGAAGGAUCUUACAAGGCUUGUCUUAUCUUCAUAGCCAUGACCCUCCUGUCAUUCAUCGAGAUCUCAAGUGCGAUAAUAUCUUUGUUAAUGGCCAUCUUGGUGAAGUCAAGAUCGGUGAUCUUGGAUUAGCCACCAUUCUUCGCGGCUCUCACCAUGCUCACAGCGUCAUAGGAACCCCUGAAUUCAUGGCGCCAGAAUUGUACGAGGAAGAUUACGAUGAACUUGUCGAUGUUUAUUCCUUCGGCAUGUGUAUGCUGGAGAUGUUGACGUCGGAGUAUCCUUAUAGUGAAUGCUCAAAUCCAGCUCAAAUAUACAAGAAAGUUACAACAGGUAAGCUUCCACAAGCUUUUUAUAGGAUUCAAGAUGUCGAAGCGCGACAGUUUGUUGGAAAAUGCUUGGCUGCUGUUUCAAAUAGGCCGUCGGCAGUUGAGUUAUUGGACGACCCGUUUCUUGCUUCAUCGAACGAUGAAAGAAAUGUUUUGAGAUUUCACAUGAAUGAGAGCCCUGUUCAAAAUGAAACAGAGGAAGAAGAUGUGAUGCCAUUGCAGAAAUUGGCUGUAAGAAAUACAGAGAUGACUAUUACAGGAACAAUGGAUCCGACAGACGACACCAUCUUCCUUAAAGUUCAAAUCUUGGAUAAGAACGGUGAAGAUAGAAAUGUGUACUUUCCGUUUGACAUCAAGAAUGACACUGCCAUUAACGUGGCCACAGAGAUGGUGAAGGAAUUGGAGAUGAAUGAAUGGAGACCAUCUGAAAUUGCGGAGAUGAUUGACGAUGAGAUUUCAUCUCUUGUCCCUGGCUGGAAGGACUAUCAUGACCAGCAUAGCUUCAACUAUAACGAAGAAGAAGAUGAUGACGAUAACAAAACUCGCGACCCUUUCUACUCACUCUCGCACGGUUCUUCAUCCUCCCAAGCCUCUCUUUUGGGAUUCUACGCCUCAUCGGAGGCUAAACUUCAACCCAAAAGCAAUAUGAUGAGAAGUAGCAGCCAUCAUUGGUUUCAAGGUGAGGAUUUACUCAAUGAUGAUGAAGAAGAUGAUGAUGAUAAUAGUUCUCAGAGCUCCUUAAACUAUUGGUCUGGAUAUGAAAAUGACAACAGAAAACAAGAACAGCAACAACAGCAAUAUACGAGGUUUGGUCCUGUAAAUGGAGUUUGUUCUGAGAACUACAAUUCGAUUCUGAAUAAUUCGAGGGGUUAUGGCGAGAGGAAGAAGAUGAGCCGAAUAAAGUCGCUUGUGGACAUUCGAAGCCAACUGUUGCACCGGUCUCUUGUUGAGGAAAUUAGUAAGAGGCGAGCUUUUAAUACGGUUGGUGCGGUUGAGGGCAUUGGGUACAAGGAUCCCAAUGAUGUUUCAGCUGGACUUUGGUGAUUAUUAUUAUUGAUAAUUAAUGUUUGAGGAACUAAUGAAGAUGUUAAUGGUUAUGUGUGUGAUUUACAUGUUUUGAAAAGAUUGAAACUUUCUGCCUUUUAGUUGUGUUUUCUAUACCAACCUGUAUAAUAAUAAUACACUAAAAUUUUCUUUAAAA